GAUCAAGUUGCGGGAACAAACAGAAACGUGUGGUGGCGCAAAUUUGAACGUCUUCUAUGUUUAUUCGUUGUUGUUGACAGAUGUUAUCAAAAGCGUGCGCAUGGCUAAAUAAUUUGUUCGACUGAGCACAGGAUUUCAAGUAGUACAGUACAGUACAGUAGAGAUGGCUCACAGCAGUCACAACAAUGUCGAGAGGGAGCUAGCCGUAGUGCUCCAGCAGCUGCAUGAAAUCACGGAAUCGGUGUCCAGCGAUCUUCGCGUCUUGAGAUCCAAUCCAUUGCUUGCCAGUUCCUCGAAGAGUCGACAGCAUGUUGAUCAGAUUGCCAGCAAGACAGAAGAAGUCAUCCAGAUAUUAAACCAGCUCAGUGUAAGAGGUAUUUCAAGACAUAAGGAGACCAAAGUCUCAAGACGAAGGGGAGACGUCCCAGUCCCGAAACCAGACAUCUUACAGAGGGUCUCAAUGCAGCAAUAUCAAGAUAUGGAGCAAUUUGCCACCCAGGUGCUCGAUGUAGUGGAGGUCGGUACCAGCCUUAACUUGCCCGUUAAGAAUUCCUCGCAUCGUCAUAGUAAUGGUAAACAAUACAGUCAUCAUGGUCACAGGCACCGAGAUGCCAAGCACAGCACGUGGUGUCAACGAUCGUAUCGCCACGUUGUACCAACACUAGAGGGCUGGAUUCAUUUAUUGGCGGAAAAUCAGAAACAGGAACUGCUGGCAGAGGGUCCGCCGCCAAACACAGAACAUGGCAAGAUGGUUUCCCACUUCCAGAGGUUGUUUGAUGUACCAACAGACGGCGGUGUCUACACGCGGAUGAACGAGCUGUAUGUGCGUGUCGGAGAGAUGCAAAACAUCAUUCACUCGUUAAAGGACAUCCUUGGCCUCGAUGAGGAAGCCUCCUCCGGAUCUGUCGUGACGGCAACUAAACAGCUUUGUGAGUUGUACUCUGGUUCAACAGCUCACCUACUCGGCCAACUUCUACAACAGGAACGACUGGACAGGUUCAUCUCCCGAAUGCACCAUUAUCGCAAGUUUUUCCCCAUUUUUGAUGACAUGGUGAAGGACCUGAUGGAGAUUCUGGGAGUUGUCUCCAUGGAAAGAAUCGUUCCAGCGGUUCGAGCGCUGAAACUGCUGAUUCCUUGAUGUGCAUCCGCUGGAUCUUGAGGCUCAUGCUGCUGUAUUUAUAUAAUUGAGUGCA